ACUCACAAACAUUCCUCCGGGGCUGCCAUGUGGGGGGCGAAUUCCCCGCCGGCUACGGAGGGGUUAACGAGCUCGUGUCCAGGAGCUGCGGCAGUGACGGCGGGAGCGCAGCCCUCUCCUGCCCCCGGAUAACGGACGGAGGGCGGAGAUACGCCGAGGGAAGCAGCGGAAAAGAGACCCCGAAGAGCAAAAUGGCUGCUGCGGCUGAGAGCAGCGAGAGGCUCCCGUGCAGCAUGGUGAACCCCAGCAGAGUGAAGCCUCAGCCGGAGGGAGACGACAGGAAGGCAGUGCCAGCUAUGCUGGAAAUGGAUACCCUGCCCCCAGCAGCAGCAGGGCUGCCCCCUGGUGGAUCCACCCCGUCACCGCUCUCUUCCUGCUCCCGUCAGGCGUGGAGCCGGGAUAACGCGGGCUUCGAGGCUGAGGAAGACGGGAUGGAGGAGGAAGAGGACGGAGAGGAGGGCAUGGUGGUGGAGAUGGACGUGGAGUGGCACCCCUCUGGAGCGGGCAGGAGGUCUUCCUCCCUGGUGUCCCUCCAGUAGGCGGGGGCAGCACAGGGCUGGGGGGGUAUCACCCUCAUCAAUCCCCAGGGCCAGAGGGGCCGCAGAAGAAGGGGCGAUGCUGGAGGGGGCAGAGCUGGCCAGGGCACGGAGCAGCCCCCGGAGCUGCAGGGAGUUGGCAGAGUCCUGCACUGUGUGAGAGGUCUUUGGGGUACAAGAUAUACAGCAGACCGAAUAACUACAAGGGAAAAAUACUUAAAAACCAUCCUCCGAGAGCUGGCCACUUAUGUUGUGUUUCUGUUUCUUUUAUGUGUUUUAACGUAUGGCAUGGUGAAUUCCAGCAUGUUUUAUUAUACUAAAGUUAUGACCCAGCUUUUUCUGGAUACACCUGUGUCAAAAACUGAAAAGACCAAUUUCAAGACCCUGAGGACAAUGGAUGACUUCUGGAAGUUUGCUGAGAAGCCUCUUGUAGGUGGCCUAUACUGGGACAUGUGGUACAACAACAGGACACUAGCAGAAAACCAAAGCUUUAUCUACUAUGAGAAUUUGCUGCUCGGACUACCUCGACUGCGUCAGCUGAAAGUGAGGAACGGCUCCUGUUCAGUCCCAGAAGAUCUGAAGGAUGAAAUUACAGAGUGCUACGAUAUGUAUUCAGCCAGGAAUGAAGAUACUGCCCCCUUUGGACUACGCAAUGGAACUGCGUGGACAUACACCAAAGAGAAGGAUUUAAAUGGCAGCAGUCAGUGGGGCCUCAUAUCCACGUAUAGCGGAGCCGGGUACUACAUAGAUUUGUCCAGGAACAGAGAAGAGGCGGCUGCUCAGAUUGGGACCUUGAAGGAUAACCUAUGGCUGGACCGGGGCACCCGAGCAGUUUUCAUUGACUUCACAGUUUACAAUGCAAAUAUUAAUCUCUUUUGCAUUGUCAGGUUGUUGGUAGAGUUCCCAGCCACUGGAGGACUAGUUACCUCCUGGCAGUUCCAGACGGUAAAGUUGAUUCACUAUGCUACUACAUUUGACUAUUUCUUGGCUGCCUGUGAGAUAGCAUUCUGCAUCUUCAUCCUGUAUUACGUAGUGGAGGAAUUCCUGGAGAUCCGUAAUCACCGCCUGCACUAUUUCCACAGUCUGUGGAAUUGCCUGGAUGUUGUCAUCAUUGCGCUCUCAGUGGUGGCGAUGGCCAUCAGCCUACACAGGAUGUCAAUGGAAAGACCUCUGAGCAAGCUCCUGGUGGACUUGAAUGUAUUUCAUAACUUUGAAGCUGUAGCUUACUGGCAGAACCAGUUUAGUAAUGUGGCUGCAGUUACAGUAUUCUUCGCUUGGGUUAAGCUCUUUAAGUUUGUGAACUUCAACAGAACCAUGACUCAAUUAUCAACCACCAUGUCUCGUUGUGCCAAGGACAUACUAGGUUUCUCCAUCAUGUUUUUCAUCAUAUUCCUUGCCUACGCCCAGUUUGCCUACCUUGUGUUUGGUACUCAGGUUGAUGACUUCAGUAGCUUCCAGGAUUGCAUUUUUACUCAGUUUCGUAUUAUUUUGGGAGAUUUCAACUUCACUGAGAUUGAGGAAGCAAAUCGAAUAUUGGGUCCCAUAUAUUUUACAUCUUUUGUGUUCUUUAUGUUCUUCAUCCUUUUGAACAUGUUUUUAGCUAUCAUCAGUGACACCUAUUCAGAAGUCAAAACUGAUAUGGCUCAGCAAAAGAGUGAAAUGGAACUGGCCGAUCUCAUUAAAAAGGGUUGUAGUAAAGCAAUGGUGAAACUGAAGCUCAAGAAAACUGCAGUGGAUGAUAUAUCCGAGAGCCUCCGUCAAGGAGGUGGGAAGCUGAAUUUUGAUGAACUAAGACAGGACUUAAAAGGAAAAGGCCACACUGAUGCACAAAUUGAGGCUAUUUUUGCCAAAUAUGACCAAGAUGGGGACCAGGAGCUUACAGAACAUGAACACCAGCAGAUGCGGGAUGAUUUGGAGAAGGAGAGGGAGGACCUGGAGCUGGACCGGGGCUCUCUGCCUCGUCCCAUGAGCAGUCGUAGCUUCCCACGCAGUCUGGAUGACUCGGAAGAGGAUGAUGAUGAGGACAGUGGACACAGUUCUCGCAGGAGGGGUAGCAGCUCAAGUGGGGUCUCUUAUGAAGAAUUCCAAGUUCUGGUUAGGAGAGUUGAUCGGAUGGAACACUCUAUUGGAAGUAUUGUGUCCAAAAUUGACGCAGUGAUUGUUAAGCUGGAAGCCAUGGAAAGAGCCAAAAUGAAACGCAGAGAGGUCCUGGCAAGACUUCUGGAUGGAGUCACAGAGGAUGAAAGGCUUGGCCGAGAUACUGAAAUGCAUAGAGAACAAAUGGAGCGCCUGGUGAGAGAAGAAUUGGAGAGAUGGGAAUCCGAUGACACUGCGUCCCAAAUGAGCCACCGUUUGGGGACUCCUAGUGAAACCAAUGGCCAGGCACGCCCCAGGAGCUCACGCCCUCCCUCCUCACAGUCUACAGAGGGCAUUGAUGGCGGAGGAGUGGCCACCAGUGUUUCAAAUAGCCAGGUCUAGAAUAACAUCUGAUGCACAGCUGGGUGUGUAGGUUAGAGGUACUGAAUUAUGGCUUCUCAGUUUCAGGCCAACAGAUAGAGAACUGCAGUUUGCCUUAAGGCUAGGGCGACACUGGUCGCCGCCAGGAUCGCUGAGCAGCGGUGAUCCCAUAGAAAUGGGAUUUCUUGUGACUGCCAUGGCCAUCCCAUUCAGCCGCGGCCAUCCCAUUGAUUUCUAUAGGAUCACUGAUGCCCAGUGAUCCUGGUCGCGACAGCUGUCGUGCAACUGGUGUCACCGUGUAGCCCUAGCCUAAGGCCCCUUUACACAUUGGACUAUUUCCAGCUGAACCCACUAUUUUUGUCAGAAUCAGCUGACUGUGUGUGGGGAGCUUUCAGUUCUGCCCAAACGGAUGAAUUCAGAUGAGAGGAAACGGGCAGGUUGAAUUUCUAUUCCCGAUCCUUUUGUCCUCCUAGGAGAUAAGCUGCCACCACAGGUGUAUGGCAGUAGCUUUCUCCUCUCUCCCCACUGAAAGCACAUACAGUCAGGAGAGAUAGUUGUGGGCUGAACAACCUACAGACUACAGCUAUUGAAGGCACAUGGGCACCCUAAGCCAGACCUGAUCAGUAUCUUACUAAAGUGGUACAACCAAACGCACAAUAGUCACCGGGUCUUCAGCACAGUAGAUGAUCUCGAUCACCACAAAUAAAAGGCCCAAUGUAAAAUGGUGAUGUGCGAUUCAACCUCAUGCUUCCCAUCUAGAUGAAUACAGAAAUGAUACAGUGCUUAUGUAAAUGUGCAGCUUAUGUUCUCACCUUGCACACCAAUGAUUUCAUUGCACUGAGUAAACCAC